AUGUCUUUAGAUGUCGAAAAGGGCCCAGCCCCCCCAAGCCCCGAGCCUGCCUUCUCGCCUGAUGAUUCUCCCGAUUCUGGCACGGAAAAGCAGAUCGCAACACCACCCCCUCCGCCUAAUGGAGGUGUUGUUGCAUGGCUACAGGUUGUAGGGGCUUUUUUCUUGUUCUUCAAUUCUUGGGGUGUCGUCAACACUUUUGGCGUCUUCCAAAGUUACUAUGAAGUUACGCUUCUCCCCGGGUAUUCUGCAUCGUCAAUCUCAUGGAUCGGUACCGUCCAAGGAUUUCUAUUGUUCGUCGUCGGAGUGGUUGUUGGUCCUGCUUUUGACAAGGGUUACCUGAAGACGUUGAUUGCUCUGGGAACUUUCCUCGUGGUCUUUGGGUUGAUGAUGACCUCUCUGGCAACUGAGUACUACCAGGUCUUCCUCGCCCAUGGUGUUGCGGUCGGAAUUGGCUGUGCUUGUCUUUUCCUUCCUAGUGUAGCUACUGUUGCAACCUACUUUUCGACAAAGAGAGCUUUGGCCACUGGAAUCGUAGCUUCAGGAGGAAGUAUUGGCUCGGUGAUCUUCCCCAUCGUCUUCCACAGACUCAUCGGCCCUCUUGGUUUCGGCUGGACAACCCGUGUAAUCGGCUUCAUCGCACUCGGGGGUCUUCUCUUCUCGCUUGCCGUGAUGAAAACGCGUUUGCCGCCAGCAAAGCAAGCCAGAAAGAUCAUCGACCCCUCCGCCUUCAAGGAGCCGCCAUUCAUGAUCCUAAGUGUAGCCUUGUUUUUCGCUUUCAUCGGCCUAUACUUCCCCUUCUUCUACUUGCCCACAUUCCUGAGUGACUACCUGAACGCCAGCGAGAACAUCUCCUUCUACAUUAUCGCCAUUCUCAACGCCGCGUCUGUCUUCGGACGAAUCACCCCGGGUCUUCUCGCUGACCGGGUCGGUUCCAUCAACACGAUCAUUCCAAUCAGCCUGAUCGCCUCCGUCUUGGCCUUUGCAUGGAUUGGAAUCCAUAAUGAGGCGGGCACAAUCGUCUACUCGAUCAUCUAUGGAUAUGCGUCCGGAGCUAUCGUCUCCUUGCCACCCACGAUUCUCGCCAAGAUCUCUCCGAACUUGAGCAUCGUGGGUACACGAAUGGGAAUGUGCUUCACAUUUGCUGGUGUGGGUCUUUUGAUUGGAAAUCCUAUCGCAGGAACACUGCUAGAUUUGUCGAACAAAAUAUUCUGGAAGGCGCAGCUGUUCAGUGCAGUCACUGUGGUCGCGGGUUCCGCCUUGUUCAUCGUGCUGCGGAUUGUCAUGGGCAAGAAGAUUGGCGGCGUGAAAAUGUAA